UAAUGAUUGAGAAUCGGUUAAUUUGUUGCUUCAAAAUAAAAAAAGAAAAGGUAACAACCCGGCAUACAAGCUUUUUGUGUGAGCACCCUCCAUUGUCGUUUAUUCUCCACUCUCUUUGAGCCCGGAUUAAUGUCAGGGCUUCAUAGAUCUUCAAGCGCUCCAUUGAAGAAUGCUCUUCCUCCUCAAGAACUUCUUGAUGAUCUCUGCAGUCGCUUUGUCCUAAAUGUUCCUAAGGAAGAUCGACAAACAUUUGAAAGAAUCUUGUUUUUGGUUGAGUAUGCACAUUGGUUCUAUGAGGAUAAUACAGUUGAGAAGAACCCAUCUUUGAAAUCAUUGACUUUGAAGGAAUUCACCACUCUAAUGUUUAACAACUGUGAGGUUUUGAAACCCUAUGUUCCUCACAUCGAUGAUAUAUUCAAGGACUUCACUUCAUACAAGUUUCAGGUUCCUGUCACUGGCGCAAUCAUUUUGGACCAAACGUAUGAAAGGUGCAUACUAGUUAAAGGGUGGAAAGGAAGCAGCUGGAGUUUUCCAAGGGGAAAAAAGAACAAGGAUGAAGAUGAUCAUACGUGUGCCAUCAGAGAGGUUUUGGAGGAAACAGGAUUCGACGUGUCUAAACUUCUUGCUAAAGAUGCGUACAUUGAAUUGAUGUUUGGGAAGCAGCGGGUGCGCCUCUAUAUUAUUGCUGGUGUUAGUGACGGUGCUUCUUUUGCUCCACUUACCAAAAAGGAGAUUAGUGAAAUAGCUUGGCACCGACUGGAUGAUCUCCAACCUGCAAGUGAUGAAGUCAUAUCACGUAGUGUAACUGGCCUUAAGCUUUAUAUGGUUACUCCGUUUUUGAAGUCGUUGAAGUCAUGGAUUUCAAAGCAUGCACCUCAUGUUGCAUCAAAAUCUGAUGCUUUUCACAGAGGUUUUAGUGUUUGGAAGUCGAAAAAUAGCUCUUCGGGAAGCAGCUCAGCCUUGGUUGACAACCAACAUACUAAACUUGUAUCCAACCCCAUUGUUGCAGACACAGGUCCCAGUGACAAUCGUGUUGCUGAAACAGGCCCUGGUAAAAGCUUUAGAAAUUUCAGAUUUGAUUCGAGGUUGAUCAUACAAGCCAUGGAAUCGGGCUUUUCUGCAUAAACGCUGAGCAUGGUCUAGAUUUUAGAAGGUGACAAAUAUAAUCGAGUUUAGCACUGCACAUGAAUUAGCUAAAAUAGUAUUUUGCUUCUGUUCUGUAAAUUAUGUCUGUCAAGAGUUCCAGGUUUUGGAUACUUGUACAUUUUAAUAGAAUUUCUCCAAAGUAAUGUAGUUUGUGAAGCUUUUUUCUUGCUGAAUCCUGGAUUUUACUUGAACUGAACAGAGUGUUAUUCAAAUGAUUCAAAUUUGACUAAACCAUACCGGAAAAGGCGAGACCGGAAUUAGAGACAAA